AUGGCACUGAGACGUGCACAUGGCAUGCAUCAUGAUGCAGACUUGCGAGAGGUACUGGAGGAGAAAGCAGAAGCUGAAACACCGGGACUGAGCGGCUCAAGUUAUGUGGAGUCCUUGAAGAUUAAGAUUCAAACACUCGAAACACAACUUUGGGAAGAGCGGUUGCAAGAUACCACACCAUCGAGACGAGCAUACAAUUCACCUAGAGACCAAGAUGACACCCAGCAACGCACUAAUGUACCAGGGUCUUCCGACGUCGUGGAUCAUCCAAAUGGUGACCUACAUGAUACGAUAGAGGAAGCAUCAUAUCUGUCACUAGCUGCUAUGGGCGCGCAGCGGGCGGAUCACCAACCUUUCCCAACCCAGGGCCUCUCUUUCCUAACUUUACUGUAUGCUGCAACCGGCGUGUCAGGGACAAAUCCUUCAACGUCUCAGGGUAAUCAUGCAGCUCAUUCUGCCAUUCUAGCUGGUCUUCGCAACAACGUUGUUGUGCCACAUUACGAGCAAAGCAGAACCGUAAACAGCGCCGCACUCGACAAGUACAUCGAGUUUGUGCAGCAGUCUUAUCCGUUCAUAGCCAGUGGAGGCCUGAGAGAUGUGUUUAAAAUUGCUUUGCAAACUCAACAGGACGAUAGAGAUGCUACUACUGUUGACGCAGAGCAACCCGAGACGACUGUUAUAAUGCUAUUCGGACUCGCCACAGGCCUUCUUGUGUCGCCAGGCUAUGCGUACACUGAAGUCAUCGCGACCAAGUAUGCAGCGUGCGCAGUAGAUUUACUACCUCGCGUAUUCGACCACACGAGUGACUUAUCGACCGUUCAGUGCUUAGUUGCAUUGACAAUCUACUCGCUAUACACAGCACUCGGAGGUUCAACUUGGCAUUUGCUAGGCUUGGCAAUGACUCGCUGUGUUGCGUCUGGUAUGCACAUAAGUAGCACUGCACUAGAUCGACCAUUUUGUCUCAGUGAUAAUGACGUACUGGUCUCGUCGCCGACUUCGACAGAAAUCAGCAACGACAAUAGGCGACUUCGCUGUCUAGUCGAACAUGCUCAAUUGCCCCGGUCCAAUCGUUCAGAACCCACAACAGACCCUUGGGUUCAAUACAUCAACCUCCGCCACUGGUAUGAUAUUAUGGAUACACCCGCAGCUCCGUCACUUUCACAUCUCCAGAUGCUGGUCCAUGGCCUUAUCGAGAUAGUGAACCGAAUAUCAUUCCAGAACAGCCAGAACUGGAAUUUGAUAUUGUGUGGAGCCGAGCCAGAUAUUGAGAACUACCUCAAUCUCUUGGAAACCCAGCUUCUGGAACAGCGGUGCGCACCUGCAGCUUUCGACGCUUUCGACGUAUUCGCAGCUGGCGUUAUGAUCAUGCAAUUACGCAUGCAAAUUACGGCACGCAUAGCUGCACGGAAAAGCCUUGUAUCGCAAGCUAUCAAUGUCUUGACGAUGCUCUCAAUGCGAUAUCCCCCCAUCCGCAGCUUGAGAGAUGUGCUCUCGGAGUAUCGCGCUAUCUCAAUAGACAACCAGCAACAUUUGUCUCUGUCGCACCUUCGCGAUCUUAUUGAUCGUUCAGAAAUUUGUAUUCCCAGGCCCUUGCAAGAUAUGAUUCUAAGGGGAUUUACACCUUGA